AUGACGUCUGAGAAAUACGCGGCUCAAAAGAUUCAACAGCUAACUUCUUGUCUUACAAUUAUGUUCGCAGGUAAUCAGGAAUAUGUGUCUCCGAUUGAAGCAGAACACCAAAAAACGAAAGCGAAACAGUUCGAUGAUUUCAUCGCCAAUUUGAAAACCAAGUUUUCAAGUACUAAUUCUAAGGACGAGAAAUAUCAAAUUCUAACGAUGCUACCGACUGAAUGGAGUAAAGGUGUUAUGUCUGUACCAAAUCCGAAGUUACCAAGCAACAUUUUACAACGUUCCACUAAAGAAGCUGUGCAAACAUUCUAUCUUGAAGAUGAUAUAAGUCGAAUGAUGCCUGGAAAGAAUGACUGUGUGUCAAUGACUGUAAACGGUAAAAAACAAAAGGUGCAAAAACGUAUGAUUCUCAGCACCUUGAGACAGACGUACCAAGAAUUUAAAAAUCGUCAUGAGACUAUCAAGGUCAGCCUGUCCUACUUUAUGAAAUGCCGGCCGAAAAAUUGCAUAUUCUUGGGAGCUCCUGGAACUCAUUUCAUUUGUGUUUGCACAAUACAUCAGAAUGUUAAACAAAUGGUCUACAGUGGAAAAUUGAGUAAACACACCUGUGGAGAACUAAUGCAUUAUGAACAUUGCGUUGCGAAAGUUACUUGCAAUCCGCCCCAACAAAAAUGUUUUAUGCGAACGUGUAAGAACUGCCCAAAAAUGCUAGCUUUUAAAAAAUAUCUGAUCAAUGCAUUGAAAAUUGGUAUGAAUGGGGAAAGCGAUAAGGAAGUUGAGUUCGGAGACCACUGUGAUGAUGAUGUACUGGAAAUUGAAGAUGUCAGUGAAAUUGAACACAUGGAAGGAUUGAAUGAAGAUGAGGACAGUGACGAAUCGGAUGGGAAUGAGGCCGAUGAAACAGAGCACGAGACCGGAAUUGAAAGCGAAGACAGUGAAGCCAAUGGUGAUGAAUACGACGACGAAGAAAUAAUCCAUUUCAGGCAAUGGGUGUCUACAGAUCGGUGUGAAUUUAAACAUUUUGCAAUGCCCAUAUCUAAAUUCGUGGACGAUUUUGCUGUCAAACUCGAGAAGCUAAUUACCCAUAUUUUUAUUACGAAUGAACAAACAGCUUUCUUGAAAUGGUGCAGAGACAGUCUGAAAAUUGGAGAGUUUUUGAUAUGGGGUGACUUUGCAGAGAACUUUUCAUUUGUGAUACAAAACGAGGCUCAAGGAUAUCAUUGGGCAAGAAAACAGGCGACAGUGCACCCUUUCGUAAUUUAUUAUAAAAAUGAGAAGAAUGAACUGGCGCAUUUGAACUACGUCAUCAUUUCAGACUGUCUAAAGCACGACAGUGUCGCAGUGUAUUUGUUUAUUUCGAAGCUUGUCAAAUUUUUGGAAGGUCGAUUUAAAGUAAUAACAAAACUGUAUUACUUUACCGAUGGGUGCGCUGGACAGUAUAAAAAUCGCAAAAAUUUUUCUACUGUAUACUACCACAAAAUUGAUUUUGGAUAUGAAUGUGAAUGGCAUUUCCAUGCAACAUCUCAUGGAAAAGGUCCGUGCGAUGGUAUAGGCGGUACUUUAAAACGUAGUGCCGCUCGCGCAAGCUUGGGUCGAACAUACGAAAAGCAAAUCGAUUCGGCAGAACUAUUGUUUGAGUGGGCCUCAUCGUCGGACAUGGACAUGCACUUCGAGUAUUCAACAACUGCUGAACACGAAAGCAUGACAAUUCAGUUACGUGACCGUUUUAAUGCAGCAAAAUUAAUAAAAGGAACCCUUAAGUACCACUGCUUUAUUCCAAGAGAUAGUGGAGAACUCAUGGUAAAAUAUUAUUCGGCUGACCCAGACCAUAAAAUGGUCAAAAUCGUGUGA